CUGCUGGAGGUGUAAUGGACGUUAACACCGCCCUGCAAGAAGUGCUGAAGACCGCACUUAUCCACGAUGGCCUAGCUCGUGGUAUUCGUGAAGCAGCCAAAGCCUUGGACAAACGCCAAGCCCAUCUUUGUGUUCUGGCUUCAAAUUGUGAUGAACCCACAUACGUAAAAUUAGUGGAAGCACUUUGUGCAGAACAUCAGAUCAACUUAAUAAAGGUUGAUGACAACAAGAAGCUAGGUGAAUGGGUAGGUCUCUGCAAGAUCGACAGAGAAGGAAAACCUCGCAAAGUGGUGGGCUGCAGUUGUGUCGUUGUCAAAGACUAUGGCAAGGAAUCUCAGGCCAAAGAUGUCAUCGAAGAGUACUUCAAGUGCAAGAAAUGAAUAGAAAAUAAAUUUUGAACGUGACUGGUGU